CGCGAGAGCAGCAGCCUCCGGUGAGGGAUGGCCGCGGAGCCGGGCGGAGCUGGCCUGCGGCUCCCGGGGCAGGCUCACCGGCUCGAGACAUGGCCCGGGGUCCCGGCCCGCUAGACCGGCCUCGCCCCGACGCGGUCGCCAUGCCCAAGAGAGGAAAGCGACUCAAAUUCCGGGCCCACGACGCCUGCUCCGGUCGAGUGACCGUGGCGGAUUAUGCCAACUCGGAUCCGGCAGUCGUGAGGUCUGGACGAGUCAAGAAAGCCAUCGCCAACGCUGUGCAGCAGGAAGUAAAAUCUCUUUGUGGCUUGGAAGCUUCCCAGGUUCCUGCAGAGGAAGCGCUUUCUGGGGCUGGUGAGCCCUGUGACAUCAUCGACAGCAGUGAUGAGAUGGAUGCCCAGGAGGAAAGCAUCCAUGAGAGAACCGUCUCCAGAAAAAAGAAAAGCAAAAGGCACAAAGAAGACCUGGACGGAGCUGGAGGAGAAGAGUAUCCCAUGGAUAUUUGGCUUUUGCUGGCCUCCUACAUCCGUCCUGAGGACAUUGUGAAUUUUUCCCUGAUUUGUAAGAAUGCCUGGACUGUCACUUGCACUGCUGCCUUUUGGACCAGGUUGUACCGAAGGCACUACACGCUGGAUGCUUCUCUGCCUUUGCGCCUGCGACCAGAAUCAAUGGAGAAGCUGCGCUGUCUCCGGGCAUGUGUGAUCCGAUCUUUGUACCAUAUGUAUGAGCCAUUUGCUGCUCGAAUCUCCAAGAAUCCAGCCAUUCCAGAAAGCACUCCCAGCACAUUAAAGAAUUCCAAAUGCUUACUUUUCUGGUGCAGAAAGAUAGUUGGGAACAGACAGGAACCAAUGUGGGAAUUCAACUUCAAGUUCAAAAAGCAGUCCCCUAGGUUAAAGAGCAAGUGUAUGGGAGGAUUACAGCCUCCCAUUCAGUAUGAAGAUGUUCAUACCAACCCAGAUCAGGACUGCUGCCUACUGCAGGUCACCACCCUCAAUUUCAUCUUUAUUCCAAUUGUCAUGGGAAUGAUAUUUACCCUGUUUACGAUCAAUGUGAGCACGGACAUGCGGCAUCAUCGAGUGAGACUGGUGUUCCAAGAUUCUCCUGUCCAUGGUGGUCGGAAACUGCGCAGUGAACAGGGUGUACAAGUCAUCUUGGACCCAGUGCACAGUGUUCGACUCUUUGACUGGUGGCAUCCUCAGUAUCCAUUCUCCCUGAGAGCAUAGUUACUGCUUCCCAUCCCUUGGGGGCAGCCCUGAGUCUAGUCCAUUAGUAAUCAGAUUCCAGUUUGAAAGGGGCAGCUGGAUUGUAUAUUUGAUUAGUAAUGUACAUGCUCAGGUUGCUGGGGCUCCUGUUAGGGGAGGGAGAAGUGUUGAAUCAAGAAGAAAAACAACUAUGAUUUAUAAACAUAUUUUAAUGUAAAAUUUGCAUUUGAAAGGAGUGGCCCUGUUUUCUGUGUUAAAACCCCAUUUGGUGCUAUUGAGUUUGUUCUUUAUUCUUUUAUCCCAGCGAAAAUGGUUGAUCUUGCUCUAGGGAAAAAUUAAACUCUUAAAUCUGCAAACAAGGAAGUUUCAGCAUUCCUUUAUGGAUCAGAGGAACUUUAGAGGUCUAUAAUUGUUACUCCUGUUGCUUCCAAUUUAGCUGCCCCUCAAAUUCAAGUGAAUAUUUUAUCUUCUCUCUUUACCCUUCUCUAGAAAUAAAGCAGGUGACAGGGUUUUCAGAAUCUUACAAGAUUGACUUGUGUAUCUUUUUUAAAAAAUAAUUUUUGGAUAUUUAUUGCAUACGUAUUCUUUUGCCAGUUUUGAAUUUUAGGUAUUUUUUUGCAUGAGGCUGAUACUGCUGAUGAUGACUUUGUACCCUUGGUACUAGGAACUUUACAUAGUAUCUCUCAUUCUCAGUCUUGCAAGGAAUGAUUUUUUGGUUGAGAAAACUGAAUGAGUGACUGUACUCAUAACACCAGUAAAUGCAGAGCCAGGAUUGCAACCCAGGUCUUUCGUUAAAACCACAAUUAAAAAGAUCAGUCUCAUUUUUCUUGUGGUAGAUGGUGGUAAAAGGGAGUAGGUAGAAUGUGUACAUAAAUAAAAAAGGGUGAGUAAAAAUUUGAUUGUGGUAUACUUUAUCCCUAAUCAGCCUAAAAAGUAUCUAAGAUUGAUGAAAACUCUUUUAAAUAUGUGUUUCUAAGUUAAAUGUAAAACAAACCAAGAAAGUUAUUUCAAAAUAGUGGUACUUUCAUUGAAUUGUUAGAAAGGCAUUUAUUAUGUUGAAGAUCAUUAAAAAAAUGCAUUGCAUGUUGAAACCAGCCUCUUGAACCAUAAGCGCUUAGUUUAGUGACUUUGCUCUGCCCCGCGCUGUGCUGCUUCUGCUGUCAUUCUGUGUGCCUACAGAAGCCUGGCCUUUCAUCCAUGCAGAAAUGCUAAUGUCCUCCUGUUGGUCAAAUGACUUGCUAUAGCUGGUGUACUCUGAGAAGAGGAUCAUGGGUGUUUUUUGUUUGCUAAGAAGAUAAUCUUGCUGCUUGUCCCUCCUCCCACCCUCCAGAUUAACCAAUGAGCUGGAUAUUAGUUGGAUAUAGCCAGGAGGUGGGCAUUAAAACAGUAUUCUUUAAAAAGGAAAGUCUUGUGGGGGAAGUUACUGUGAGCCAAACUGCUAAAUUAGCUUGUUUUUCCUUACUAUCUUCCCCACCGUCUGCUAUUUAAAGAAUAUUCUUAGAAAGCAUCUGCUUAAUACUGCUACUAACAGCUAACCUUACCCCACAUUGAGGGUGGUAUUAAAGCUGUUCACACAGAGAGUGUGCCUGGAUCAGUGAAAAAAUUUGGGCAUUUAAGUGAUAAAACAACCUGAGGACAAUAAGCACCUUGCAAAUCUGUAAUCAAAAGUUGCCUCUUUGAGGCAAGAGGAGAGAAGCACAGAAUCCUUAGUUCCCUGGACGAAAGAUGCCAUGCAGUAGAAAGGAGUUGUCCUGGUGCAUUGUAUAUCUCCCAUUUAGGAGUUACUUUUAAAAAGGGAGUGAAAUAAAUUUGGCUUAAUUAUUGUA